CGGAAUCCCUGACGGGUAACGGGGUUGCGGCCCGUUUAAAGGAAGUCUAAGGAAACGAACCUCUCUAUGAAAGCUCACAUUAAAAUAACAGCAGUUCGUCUUUCAGGAGCCCCAACAACGUUUAGGUCUUCUUUAUUUUUCUCGUGUUUGGGCCUUUAAAGGAAGUCGUCGGUUGCUAAGGACGCUUAUGGGGGGGGGCGGGCGGCCGGGCGAGCGGGCGGGCCUUUCUCCCGGAAGUGAGCUCCGGCGUCCCUUUUCUUCUCUCUCCCGGUCGCGCCGCGGGCCCGAAGGAUGGAGGACGAGUUGGAGUUAGAGGAGGAAGUCUGCAAGGGGAUAACAAAGAUGGGUCGAAGAGCUCAUCAGGAUUACUUCCAAGAGGAAAAUCAUCUUAGCCAGACAAGUUCUCCAGCAGUAGAGCGUCCAUCAUCCAAACCUCCAGCCCGGGAAGGAGUGUGGUCUGGCUUGGUUGGUGCAAGUGCUUUCAAGUCAAAAAAGAAACCUGCUGAACAAGAAAUUGAAGACCACCGUCUGAGGCAGCAGAGUUCGGAGGCAGCAGAUGAUGGAGGAGGAUCCGCUCUCCCCACAUCAGUUUCUUAUCUGAGAGCAGGGAGAAAGAAAGCAGCAGUUCAGCUCCUCAUCCAUGUUAUGAAAAUCGGAUUCCAAGUGGCUGUGAUCAAACCCAAUUGGCUGUCAGCUGGGGUGGCCUUGUGUGCAGGAAGGAAGCUUCUGAGGCGCUCCUGGAUGUGGAAAUGUCAUGAAUGCUAUCGAUCAAAGCUGCAUUUUAAAAAUAAAUAUAUAUGUGAUUUAAAAAAAAAACCUAAGGAAUUUAGCAUAAAGGAUAUGUAGCUUGUCUUGUUUUUGCACUGGAGCAUGAAAAGGAUGAAACAGAACUAACCUUACCUGCUUUCUAACAUAAUUCAUUUAGAGGUUUAUGAGAAGCUUCUUUUUAGCCCCAUAGUAAGGGGGGAAAACUUAAUCUGUAGGAUGAUUGGAGGUUUGAUGUUUGCUUUUCCUUCCUAUUCGAUGUACUUUAGUCCAUGUGCAAAAGAUUAUAUGGUCUUAACCUAGCAUUAAAUAAUGCAUAAUAGCUAUCACCUCUUGAUUUUGUGUUUUAAAUAUUUAAUGCAGAUAAAAUUGCCAGUCCCACAUAUAAACUUGUUU